AUUUUAAAGCCAAAACGAAAUGAAAUCAGGUCAAAACGAACACGGUUACAAUGGCCGCUCGCUCCUUCUUCCUCAUUCUCACUCGAAAUCGCAGAAGCCAAAGGAGGACUCAAUUGAGAUCUCUCUCGUCAUCUUUCGCUUCAAGAAGCGAAAUUGUCCACGAAGUGUCGUCUCGGAGUUCACAGGAGGAAGAGGAAAAUGAGGAUGGUGGUGAAAAGGAUGAUCUGAAGAGCCGAAUAUUCAGCCUCAGACUUCCCAAGCGUAGCGCCACAAACGUCCUUCAGAAAUGGGUCUCCGAAGGCCACCCAAUUGCCGUCGACGACCUCCGACACAUCUCUAAACAGCUCAGAAAGUCUCAGCGCUACAAGCACGCCCUCGAGAUAUCAGAGUGGAUGGUUGCUCAUGGAGAGUCUCAGAUGUCAGACACUGACUAUGCAUGCCGGAUCGAUUUGAUGACAAAAGUUUUUGGUAUUGAUGCUGCUGAACGUUACUUUGACGGACUACCUCUUGGUGCAAAAACUAGUGAAACCUACACUGCUCUCAUCCACUGUUAUGCUGGAGCAAAACUGGUUGAAAAGGCAGAGGAACUCUAUGAGAGAGCAAAGGGAUCAAACCUGCCUUUGAGUGCCCUUACAUACAAUGAAAUAAUGACCUUGUACAUGUCAGUUGGGCAGGUGGAGAAGGUUUCUUUUGUUGUUGAAGAACUGAAACGCCAGAAGGUUGCACCAGACUUAUUUACCUACAAUCUCUGGAUAAGUUCAUGUGCUGCAACUCUGGACAUUGAUGGAGCUAGAAGGAUUCUUGAUGAAAUGAGUUGCGACUCUGGUUCUAAUGAAGAUUGGAUAAGGUACAUGAACCUUGCCAACGUAUAUCUUACGUCUGGUCAUCUUGUAAAUUCAGAGUCCAACUCUCUGGUUGAAAGUGAAAAGGGUAUUACACAACGAGAAUGGAUAACCUAUGACUUUCUAAUUAUUCUGUACGCUGGUUUGGGAAACAAAGACAAACUUGAUCAAAUUUGGAAAUCAUUGAGAAUGACCAAACAGAAAAUGACAAGUAGAAAUUAUAUAUGUAUCCUUUCUUCAUAUCUGAUGCUUGGGCAUAUAAAGGAGGUAGGAGAAGUUAUUGACCAAUGGAAGCAAUCCACCACCACAGAUUUUGAUCACUCCAUCUGUAAUAGGAUUUUAAAAGCAUUUGCAGAUACUGGGUUGACAGAAACAGCCGAAACUUUUCAUAUACUUCUGACAGAGAAGGGCUAUGAUACCAUUGACUAGUCGAAGUAAGAGCAUGCUUGAGUUUCAGGUGGUUUGAGAACAAUGCCCAUGAGAGCAAUAUUAUGGUGCUUGGACGAUAGGGAGAGAAUAAAUGUGCUUGUAAUAUUAGCAAUAAAUCUCAAAACUUGAUUGCAGUUUCCAAACAGUAUCAGGUAAGUCUUGCUGCUCUUUGCUUUUUUUUUUUUUUUUUCUCCAUGUCCUUGGAAUGCGGAAUUCAUGACCUAAAAUUUUGAUUGAUGGCUUCCUUGUUGCCUUCCCUGUUCAGUCUAUUGCUCUGGUUAUUUCAGUAGCUAAUGAACUGUUACUCUUAGUGUAAAAAAUGAUGUAACUUUUCUCAUUGGCAUUCAAAAUUUGUUGAAUUACAUAAUGCCUACAAGACAGGAGUGAGGCCAAUUUGUAAUGUUAAUCUUGAUAAAGGAUGGAAAUCCCUACCUUUCAAAAAUUAUUGUAUUUGCUUCUCUA